AUGAAAGGCUUGGAAGAGUGGCUUGCAUCGUCCACAUCAUCAUCUUCCACAACUGACACGACGAGUAGGGAUGUACCAGAAAGUGAUAAGGUGCACAAGAAAACAGUGCAAACUAGUGUGAAGGAUCGUCAGGACGAGUUGCGAUCCCGUAUGCGCAAUCUUCUUGGGGAAAGCGCUGUGAGCAGCCUUGUCAUUGAGGAACCGACGAAAGUGGCGAUGACGACAAGUCCCACUGCUGUAUUGAACUCGUCUAUGAGCACCGACACCGACAGUACAGCGGUUUCUCCCGCCCGUGUGAAAGGCGUUUCCCCCCAAACCAAAGCCAAUGGCAACAGUAAUGGCGAUGGCAGCACAGCCAUCAGAGGUCAGUCAAAUGAUAAGCAACUCGAGGCACCCACUGAGGUACAGUACCGGGCUGUAGAAGUGAUGGUGGUUGAUCGAGGUACACAAACAACCACGACGGUGGGUUGUCAAACAGAUCCUGAGCCUUCACAAUCUCCUGUGGGAGGCGCCAUGCCGUUUCAUCGCGGUUUUUGCCCUCGUUGCACUUGUUGUUGUCGUGGUGUCGUUCGGGAUUACCCGUGGCGAAACGCGCGUGAGGAGGAAGAUCGUUCCUCACGAUUUCAAGAAGAACUGGAAACUAUACAAAAAUCCAUAGAUAUGAUGAUUGCACGAUAUAAUUUACCACCACCACCGAUGCCGCGGUAUUGA